GAUCUGCUGCCCUCCCACCUCUAUAUUUACCCCUGAGAUUAACGGGGGUAUUUACUGUGUUCCAGACCACUAAGUAUUUCUCAGGGAAUCAAACUGAGGACGUCGGCUUUCUUGUUUCCAUUUUUUCCCCUUUGACCUCUGUUUUGGUCGUUCCGGCUUUGGUUACAAGCUGCAGUCUGAAGAUUCAGCGUGAAACAUCAUCGACGUCCAGCAGCGACCUGCGGCUUUGAGAAGAAAACCGCUGUACUCGUCUUCGUCGGGUGUUUUCCCAACAGUCUUUCUGUCCACCUCUUCACCUGCGUUACGUCUGAUUUGACUUUCCAAUCCAAUUUGGCUUCCUGUCAUCCUUCCUUUCCUUCCUCUCUUGAAGAAACAAGACUUCUGCUGUUUAGCUGCAGUUGCAUCUACACACACAUGUGCAGAUACUCCACAAUCACACACACACCUUGGAUCGACCUCCACUCCACAGUCACACGCCUUCGUCUCAGUCGGCUACAGCGAGUAAAUUGGACAAAUUCAGAGAAAAGAGAGGGAACAUUUAAAAAGAUCCCACGAAUUGAAGGAAGAAUAAAAUCAAUGGUUUGAAAAAAGACGGGCUUUGGACAGGCAGUUUGUCGUGUGGGAGUCGAGGCUUUCAAGGUUUGUUUAAACCUGCCAUCUUCCUCCAUCAUGGUGGACCUGUUUUUAAACCGAGUUCUGGUGGAAAAUAACUCCGAUCAGGAUGAACUCAACACGGAGCGGGAGAUCAUUGGGAUCCUGGAGAACCGCAUCAUCUUGCUGUUCUUUGCAUCCAUUGGCUGUGAGAAAUGCCACAAGUUUGUGCCGGUCCUCAAUCAUUUUUUUAAGAGACUCAAAGAUCCGGCUUAUAUUGAAUAUCCAAAGUUGCUUGCACUCAUCUACGUCAGCUUGGACCAGUCGGAAGAGCAGCAGGAAAAGUUUCUAAAAGAAUUCCACAAGAAGAUUUUGUUUCUCACCUUUGAUGACCCCUACAGGAAGGAACUGCAGAGCAUCUUUCAGGUGACGCACACACCAACGGUUGUGGUGCUGCGCCCUGACGGCUCCGUCCUUUCUCCAAACGCCGUCCACGACAUCUCUCAUCUUGGCACCAACUGUUUUCACAACUGGCAGGAAUCGUCAGAGAUCGUUGAGAGGACGUUCAUGCUGAACGAGGAGUUCGACGACCUUAACCUACGCAGCGCCACCGACCCUGUGAGGAGGCUCAAAUACAAGACUGAGGAUGACAAGAGGAGGAAGAGAUGGUGGAAGUUAUGGGAGAAAGAAGACAGAAACAGCCAGAAAGAGAAAAAUGAGACACUGGAUGACAGGAGAAAAGAGCCAGACAAGGGAACAUGGAGAAAAAGAUAAUUAAAAUAAGCUGUAGAUAUGUGGAGUCAUAAAAAGUACUUGUAAUGAUCCAAUCAGAUCAUUGGCCUCAAUGCAGUAUUGUAUGUCUUGUACUGAGGCUUGUGUUGAUCUUGUUGGUUGUCUCUUUCAUCCUAAGAUAAGGAAACAUAUAAUCAUUACUAGUAAAACCCUUCAUGUCUGAAUUUAUCAAUUCUAUGACUACUUUGAAGGAAACCAAAUAGUACUGUUGUUCACACAAAAAUAAUGUUUUGAAGCAGAUGCCAAGACUCAUAUCAAACCGUUGUGAUGUGUAGCCUGAAGGUGAAGUUAAAUCAAAUGUUGCCAAAUUCAGAUACUACAGAAUCAGAAAAAAUAGAUAUUACUGUGUUUAAAGUUCAUGAUCCAUGUGAUCAAACCCUGAAAUGUUGUUAUUAAAAAUUGUUCUGUUGUC